GUAGUAUUAAAACCCGCGGGAGCAGCUGUUGUUAAUCUUGCAGUCAGCAGGGUGUUAUGGACACACACACUGCAUAGGGUCCAAGGACUUCGCCCACUUCACAUCGGCUGUUUUAUUUCGUCCUGCUUGUGGUGUCACUGCUACGGUAAAAAUAUGCUGUAUUCCUUUUAAUGGUUGUUAAUCUUGCAGUCAGCAGGGUGUUAUAGAGACACACACACUGCAUUGGGUCGACUUCUCUGCCACUUUCACUUCACAUCGGCUGUUUUAUUUCGUCCUGCUUGUGGUGUCACUGCUACGGCAGUCACAAUGCCGCUGAAUUCAAACAUGGCUAGUAAAAACUAUGAUUACGACUAUGACUCGGUCCAGCCCUACUUCUACUUCGACAUUGAGGAGGAAAAUUUCUAUCACCGGCAACACAGCCAACUCCAACCCCCUGCUCCAAGCGAGGAUAUAUGGAAGAAAUUCGAGCUGCUGCCGACACCACCGCUUUCUCCCAGCCGGAGACCGUCUUUAUCAAGCCUCUUCCCCUCCACUGCAGACCAGCUGGAGAUGGUCACGGAGUUUCUCGGGGACGACGUGGUGAACCAUAGUUUCAUUUGUGAUGCGGACUACUCCCAGUCUUUUCUCAAAUCUAUCAUUAUCCAGGACUGUAUGUGGAGCAGUUUCUCGGCUGCCGCUAAACUGGAGAAAGUAGUGUCCGAGAGACUAGCAACGCUGCAAGCGAGGAGGGACUCUAGUGCGACCGGGGAAGCUAGUACAGUAACCAGCACAAAUCCAAACUUGAAUUACCUGCAAGACCUGAACAACUCCGCAUCGGAAUGCAUUGACCCUUCUGUGGUGUUGUUCCCUUACCCGGUUGCCGAGAACCCUAAACACACACAGACUACAGCGUGUGCCAUGGCAUUGCCUUUGGAUACCCCACCAAACAGUGGUAGCAGCAGCGAUAGCGAUUCAGAAGAAGAAGAGGAGGAGGAGGAGGAAGAAGAAGAGAUUGAUGUGGUGACAGUGGAAAAGAGAAAGUCUGUAAGGAGGUCAGACUCGCACAUGUCUAGCAGCACACACCUCUGCCCCCUUGUCCUGAAACGGUGUCACGUCAACAUCCACCAACACAACUACGCCGCUCACCCGUCGACGAGGAGCGAGCAGCCCGUCAAGAGGAUUAAAUUUGAGAGCAGUGGGAGAGUACUCAAGCAAAUCAGCAACAACCGCAAGUGCUUGAGUCCCAGAACGUCAGACUCUGAGGAUAAUGACAAACGCAGGACUCACAAUGUGCUGGAGAGGCAAAGGCGAAACGAGCUGAAGUUGAGCUUUUUUGCAUUACGGGACGAGAUCCCGGACGUAGCGAACAAUGAGAAGGCAGCCAAAGUGGUCAUACUCAAAAAGGCAACGGAGUGCAUUUUCAGUAUGCAAAUGGACGAGCAGAAACUGUUAUUGUUGAAAGAGCAGUUGAGGAAAAAGAGUGAACAGUUGACAAGCAGACUAGAGCAGCUAAGGAACUCUCAGCAAGUUUAAUGAAUGAAAGGAUGCCAUGUUUUUAUGCCUCAAGUAACUUACUGUGUAGAGUGGUGGUGCAUGCAAAUGCAAAAAUGACUCGUGUUAUCACAGGUAUCGGCCAGACACCUGGGCUGGAAUCAGAAUUAUUUUUUUUCACUGCCUCACUUGAACUUUCUAGGGGUUAUCAAUUUCUUAUUUAAGUAUUUUAUUUUUAUUGAUGAAAGGUUCUGCACAGUUAUCUACCUUAAUGCUUUUGUAUGUUUUGUACAUAAUUCUUGAAUGUAUUGAUCUCAAAUACAUUUUUAUAAAUCACGUAUGACUGGAGUCACGUGUCCUACCUUGAAAUUAGAACUUAAUUUGCAUUAGAUAGUCAUCAGCAUGGCUGCUUACACUGACAACUUUCACACAAAGUCCUAGCGGCCUCAUGCUAGCUGGCCUUUCGCCAACCCUUUAAGGUCAAAGCUCCAUUUCACUGUACAUGUCUGCUUAGGUUUACUGCACACAGGCAUGUGCAUGAUGUGCUUAAGGCCUUCCCACACUACGUUAGUGUCUAAUGAUCAUUACCUAUCACACUGACCGCCCGGUUUCCCGAUAGAACAUAGGCUUACGAGUGUUUUUUACCGAUGCAUUGUUUCUACAACAGCUGCCGUAACAUGCGUCUUAAUUGAAUGAAAUUUAUUUCAAUAUGAUUUUUGAAAUGGGCUUGUAGCUUACUAUAUUCAAAUUUUUAUGCAGAAAUCUCGGUUUUCAUUUGAGGCAUACUUUUAUCCUUUGCUUGUUUUGUAACAAUUGUAAAGAAAUUGGCAACCUUUUUGUAUUUGUAGUCAAUUUUGUUCUGAAGUUAUUGGCGGUCAGACAUGUUUAGUGGAGAUCGUGUAUAAAAUUACGAGGAAGGGCAGAAAAAGAUCUAACGAUGCGCCUAACUGUUCUAAAUAACGAGCGUUCUCAAUAGUAACUUCAGUGCUUUUGGGAAACCGGGCCCUGGCCAGAUUUGUACGAUUUCUGCUUAGUUGUCAACCGACGUAGGCUGGCUACGUCAACUGGGCGUCUCAAGCAUGGUAUCGAAGAACAAUCUGUUUGUUUGAGAAACCAGCAUGGUGUCAUUUCUGUGUUCCUAUUGGUCAGUCACAGGGAUCAUCUUGUAACGCCAGCCACACUAUACAAUAAAGGCUCAACAUUU